GUGGCCAACUACAUUCAUGCAGAAAGUCAUUCAGCAGAGCAAGGGGCUUAACUCCUCCCAAGAACUUCAGGACCUGAUUCACUGUGCAGAAUCAGCUGUGGACACUGAAUCAGAUGAAGAUGCACAAGAUCGCAAGAGACCUGGGAAAAUGUCGGCAUCUCAAGCUGAGAAAUACAUUGUGAUCUUCAAAAAGGCAGGGACUAACAUACAGGAACAUCUUGAUUCAAUUAAGGAGAGCACCCAGCCCUACCUGCUUGCUGUCGGGACAAAGAAAAGCAGCAUUCAUGGAUACUACAUCAUCCUCGACAAAAAAGCCAUACCAUGCAAGUCAGUGAGUGGUCUUGCUGCCUUUGAUGAACUAUUCAAAGCCCACUUUGUGUUUGGUGCCUCGUACAAUAAGGUGCUUCACAACAUGUACACCUUCAUACAAACAACCUUCAAUCAUGACAGAAUAGUGCUUGGACCAGGAAAGACGGUUUCUCUCUGUGACUUAAGUGAAAAUGACCAAAUUGCGUCCAAGUUGAAUAUUCCUCCUCAAACAUAUGUUCUCUCAGUUAAAUGCGUGAAGCAUAAUGGAACUGAAUACCGUUCUGGUUUAAUUAUUUGUGGUGAAGUAGACAUUGAUUUGCCAGUGUUUUAUAAAAUCAAAGAUAUUGUUGUUAGAAAUGAAUUUGUGGUACUGGUUGCAUCACCGCUCAAAACUGUUUGCUUUGAUGAUCAUCGUUAUGCCUACAGAAUUGAACCAAGACACUGUGAAUCCUUGAAAGUGUUCAAUGUCACUGAACUAAUUUAUUACAAACCUUUUGAUAUGCAAAUGUCUUAUGGGUCUGAUAAUUUCUUUUGGUUUGUUGUACCUUACUGCAGUCUUGUUAACACUUAGCUGUCAAUGCAGGUUUUAUUUCAAGAUUUAUGUUUUUAUAUUUUAUCAUUUUAUAUGUAAUUUUAUGACAUGGAACUGUACAUGUUUUAAAUUAGCCAC